GAGGGGCUGUGGGAGGAGUCCUUCGGCUCGCACCGCGACUCGAAGCCCUUCGGGCCCGCCUCGGUCGGCAUGGACAUGCGGUUCGGAGGCACGCAGCACCUGUUUGGCCUCGCGGAGCACACUGCGCCCUUCAACCUGCCCUCGACGAGCGGGGACGGGGCCAAGUACGCCGAGCCGUACCGGCUGUGGACGCUGGACGUGUACGACUACGAGCUCGACUCGCCGAUGGCGCUCUACGGCGGAGUCCCCCUCCUCCUCGCCCACGCGCCCAACCGCACCACCGGCGCGCUCUCGCUCUCACGCUCUUGCUGCUCACACCUGCUUCCGCUCUCACACUGGCUUGAAGCCGCUGCCCCCUCCCCUCUGACCCUUCGCGGCGCCCUCCCGCAGGCGCGCUCUGAGCGCGGCUCCACCUCCGCCUACUGGAUGUCGGAGAGCGGCGUCGUGGACGUGUUUCUGCUGCCGGGGCCGUCGCCGCAGGAGCUGUUUGCGCAGUACGCCUCGCUGACGGGGUACACGCCGCUGCCGCCCCUCUUCUCGCUCGGCUACCACCAGUGCCGCUGGAACUACAACGACGAGGCGGACGUCCGGUACGUGCACGGCCAGUUCGAGGAGCUCGACCUGCCGUACGACGUGCUCUGGCUCGACAUCGAGCACACCGACGGCAAGCGCUACUUCACGUGGGACAGCUUCAAGUUCCCGAAGCCUAAGGAGAUGCAGGCCGAGCUCGCCGCCACCGGCCGCAAGAUGGUGACCAUCGUCGACCCGCACAUCAAGCGCGACUCGAACUACAAGGUGUACCAGGAGGCGCACGAGAAGAAGCUCUUUAUCCAAAACAAGGACGGCGCCGAGUUCAACGGCUGGUGCUGGCCGGGCGACUCUGCGUACCUCGACUUCACCUCGGCGGCGGUGCGGGACUGGUGGGCGGGCCGCUUCGCCUACGACGUGUACGAGGGGUCGACGCCGAGCCUGUACACGUGGAACGACAUGAACGAGCCCUCCGUCUUCAACGGGCCCGAGGUGUCGAUGCAGAAGGACGCAAAGUCGCUCUCCGGCGUCGAGCACCGCGAGUGGCACAACCUGUACGGCAUGUACAUGCAGCGCGCCACGGCGGAGGGGCUGCUGCAGCGCAACGAGAAGCGGGACAAGCGGCCCUUCGUGCUCUCGCGCUCCUUCUACGCCGGCUCGCAGCGCUGGGGCGCCAUCUGGACCGGCGACAACGCGUGCAAGUGGGACCACCUCGUCGCGUCGGUGCCGAUGCUGCUCACGCUCGGUCUGUGCGGCAUCACCUUCUCGGGCGCGGACGUGGGCGGCUUCCUCGGCAAGGGGGGCGGGUACGGCGACCCGGACGCGGAGCUCUUCACGCGCUGGUUCGAGGCGGGCGCCUACACCCCCUUCUUCCGCGGCCACGCGCACCACGACUCCGCGCGGCGCGAGCCGUGGACCUUUGGCGACGAGACGACGCAGACGCUGCGCGAGGUGGCGAAGGAGCGGUACCAGCUGCUCGCCUACUGGUACACCGUCUUCCGCCACGCCGAGCAGACGGGCACGCCCACGAUGCGGCCGCUCUGGGUGCACUACCCCGCCGACGAAAAGACGUGGGACAUGUCGGACCAGUGGCUCGUCGGCUCGGACCUGCUCGUGCGGCCAGUCACGCAGCAGGGCGCAACCUCGGCGCCCGUCUACCUGCCCGGCUCGCAGCCGUGGUACGCGGUGCGCGACGGCACCAAGCACGCCGCGCCCGCCACGCCGACGGUCGAGGCGCCGCUCGGCGCCGUCCCCGUCUUCCAGCGCGGCGGCUCCAUCCUCCCGCGCCAGAUGCGGCUGCGGCGCGCCUCGUCGCUGAUGAAGCUCGACCCGUACACGCUCGUCGUCGCGCCCGACGCGGACGGCGCCGCCGCCGGGACGCUCUACCUCGACGCGGGCGACGGCUUCGAGUACCUCGACGGCGCCUACGCGGAGCGCCGCUACGAGCUCGCGGCCGGAGUGCUCACUUCGACGGCGGUGCACGCGUCGGACGCAUUCACGCCGCCGAACAUGCUCGAGCGGCUGGAGCUGCUCGGCACAAAGCCGCCCGGGAAGGUGCUGCUCGAGUCCGGCGGCGAGACGCGCGAGCUGGAGGCGACGUGGUCCGAGGCCACGGGCCGCACUGUCGUGCGCAAGCCGGGCGUGCCGAUGGCGGCUGACUGGACCAUCCGCCUCGUCGCUUGACCGUCGAAACCGGCAGCGAUGACGGUGGAGAGAGCGGGAGAGCGCGAGCGGCGGCCGAAGAGGAGCUUUUAGGGAGGCGAGAGCCUCGCUCCUCGCCGCGUGGCGGACAGGGGAGGUGGCCGGGACGGGGCGUCAAGUGUAGUGGGUGGUCGACGGACGCCACGAGCAAGUCCAAGUCGCAAGUGCGUUCUGGGGUACACGUUUGUCGUUUCCUCUCCGAGGUAAGCGCGGCCCAUAGUUAUUUCCUCGCUGUUUGCGCCGC